AUGACCUUGAACGUCUCAUUACUAUCACACGCCAUCCUUGUUCUAGGCGGCUUUUUCGUGAUAAGGUUUACAGGCAAUAAAUUAAAACAAUCGUCUACUGAGAAAUUAGACCACCUUUAUUUCUCCGUCGUUUUGACUCGUUUAUCUUAUUCUGCGAUAUGUCGACAUCUAAUGGGGAUUAUGUCAGAAUCCCACUUUCUGGAAGCUUAUGUUGAAGAUAAAAAAGUGGAAGCAAAUCAUAGUUUUCUGACACUUAAGUUCUAUCAACAGUAUUUUGACGUUGAUACAAGUCAAGUUUUAACUCGCCUUGCUACUGCAUUAGUACCCAACCCACGUACUAACUUUAUUCAACACUCUCUGAAACCUCAUGCUGAUCUCUAUGGUCCAUUUUGGGUCGCAACUACUUUAAUGUUAAUUGCUGCAAUUGGUGGAAAUAUAUCUAAUUAUCUACAAUCGCGUGCUGAAGUGCCUUCAUGGCAUUACGAUUUUCAUAAAGUUACACUGACCUCUUCUGUCAUCUAUGUGUAUUGGUGUCUAAUGCCAUUGGUGUUGUACGGACUCAUGCACUUUCGUCGUAACAAUGUAAAGUCCCAGUCAAGUGAUGCUGAAAGUGACCUCAGCAAUCUGCUAGAACGUUCUGAAACUGACUCAUCGUUUCACAGUUCAAGACGGGCUAACAAAUUCUUUGAUAUUCUUUCGGCGUACGGCUAUUCAUUAACAAUUUAUGUUCCUGUAGUGAUUUUGUGGACAAUUCAAAGUAGUAUACUACAAUGGAUAUUGUUUUUACUCGGACUCACGGUCUCCGGAGCAUUCCUUGUGUUUUCUUUAACGCCGAAUAUACGCAAAGAACAUCCCAAGUGCGAUUCUGUCUCGACAGUGAAUCUGCUGUAUUUGUUAAUAUCAAGUGGAUAUUUUAAGAACUGUCUUUUACACCAUUCACUAAGGCGAAGACAUCGAAGGUAAUAUACUUAUGAAUAUAUUACUAUAUUCGCAUUUGAGUUCACUUAUGAUAAUAUUGCAUUGAACGUGGAAAUAAAGCUUCAGUAGUCUUUUUGUUCCUUCUCAUCAAAGAUAAUACACUUGUCGUUAUUUCAUCUUUAUUGAGAUUGAGCUACGUAAUAAUCUCAUCGAACAGGGGUUUUAACAGUAAAGUGCAAAUAUUUAUUAGACGUUAG